AUGCAUCAAACACCCCAUGUCGGUGGGCGGAAUCACGGCCGCGGACGCGCUCGCUACGUGGCGGUGGUGGCGAAGAGGAGGACGAUCCAGUGGAGUCUGUGGCUCGCCGAGGACGACGGUUCGCUUGCAGAUGUGCCAUUAUCGCCGCCCUUGCUUUUGAUGUUUCAGGCCUCCUGCCGUACCUUGCAUCGCAGUCAAGAUGCUCCUUCGGAUGGCAUCCACUUGGUGGAACCCACAGACGAGAUGCUGGCCAUGACUCAGUAUCGGGACCGCGGCCGAAACGUGGUAUACGGACGCGUUGCGACGGGUGUGCAGGCGCCUCAGGGCCAGAGCUUUCAGCGGAAGUGUCGCAGGAGACGCCGGCAGAGCUCCGCCGAGACGCGCGCUUGUCUGGUGAGUGAUCUUAUGCGGGGCGCGGGCGGCCAAGAUAGACGAAGAGUUUGA